AUGCCGCGCUCUAGCACAACCGAAAUAUGUAUGCUCGUGUGGCCGGUCUCGCCCGCCACGCAGAUCCUGGGUGCGAACGACUCCAUUGCGUGGGUGGUAGGGUGGAAUGACCGACGCCUGUACAUCAUUGUGACGUGGUUUCUGCGAAACUGCACAUUGGAGGAGGCAAAGGCAGAGCUACAGAAAAUCAGGUGUGUCCUGCAGAACUACAACGGAAAUAUGCCAGAGAUGCCGUACAGUAGUCUGACUAUCCUCGGCUGCGUGCGACCCAGCAGCACUUCUCACGGCUCUAACCUGUACUCCGUCGCGGAGGAGGAAGACAUCCGCGACGCACGUAGGAGCAGCUAUCUCUGGCUGGAACUGCUUGAAGGCCCAGUGUUGGCGGAGCUGUGGUGCUGUGGUGCGCGCGUGCAGCCUUGCCAACUGCAUGUUGUGCGGUGUGAUCCAGCCAAGGCGCUUUCCAUUAGUCCCACCAUCUUCUCGGCCACAGCGCUCUACGGGGUAUCGGGGGUGCGCCAGCUGCAGAGCGGGAUCGUGCCGGUGUGCGCACCAGGGGCGAGCUCGAACCUGGAAGGCGUUCUUCUUCCGGGGGUCAUGCGCAAGGAAGCGGGGCCGCGCGUGCUCAAGCGAGAUCAGCAACGCUGGCGCAACACGAGCUUCGUGAGUGACUCCAUCACGAUGCCCGCCGAGGACAGUUUAUCCGACCGCGACACGGUGGAACAGUCUGGUGUGCUAACAGGCAGGCGUCGGGAAAUGUUUGUCAACAGUAACAUCAGUUUCGCGACCCAUUCCACCAGCUUUGGGGAAGACGCUUUGGCCAGCCCGGAGUGGCAUCGGAACAGCUCCCUGCGCGACCGCCUGGCAGCCGGUCCGGAGGAACGCUUUACACCCUUGGAAGGCGACGAUAGCGGGGUGACAGCGCCGGUCAGCACGGCGACGCUGAGUGACUCGGAAAUAGAGCAGGUGGACAGCGGCGAUCGAAAGAGGGGGUGGCGGUCGUCGUCGCACUUCGAGAAGCACCGCGCUCGGAGUACGCUGGCCCCGCCGCAGAGUAUCGACCCACCGCCACCGGCGGGUGUGCCACCUCGCCUUGACUUCACCUCGACCACCGACAGGGCAGAGAUGAGCAUCCUUCUGGCAACAAUGCGCGCCGGCCGAAAUGUGCGCCGCGUCAUGCAGAAGGAGGAGUUGGACAACUACGUCAAGGAAGAAACCGUGGAACCGCUGACGGGAGUACUAAAAUACGCUGUCGACUUCAUCUUCAGCUACGUCAUCGGUCUCUUGAAACUCCUGCGUUUCAGCAAGACAGCAGAGCUGCUGCUCUACCGAACGUCUGAGUUUGUGCACUUCUUGUGUGCCGUCAGCUUCGCCAACGACUCCUGCGGCCUCCAUCCGGUGCUGCCGCACCAAGUCUCGCCCUACGCUAAUCGCCGCUAUGUCUGCAUCUUUGGCUACAUAUCGCGCUGCGCGGUGGACCUGGUGCUUGGAGUGCUCGUUUACUUGUGCGUGUCAGCCUGGGGCCCGUCCCUCUUUGUCGCCUCGCAGCACGUGGCGCGUCACUUCCUGUACGAAAUGCACGCUGCCUACAUGGACUGGUUUGACGGCUACCCGGCCGGGCUGAAGGUAAACGAAGACCUGAACAUGGCGCUCUGCUUCUUCGCCAAGUGCGUGCUGGAGGUGUGGGAUGCGCUGCUGAGGUGGUCUCCUGCCACGCUGCCGAGUCUCGUAUCCUUCCAAUCGGACUCGUUGGCAGUGGAGGCGUACUUGAACAGCACAGUCGCUGCUGUCGGUACGGCGGCGCCGUUGUCAACGUUGUCCUACCCUGCCUCCGAAGAUCAGCUUCAAGCAGUGUACGAGUGGAUCCGCCUGUCGCUUCACCUGCGGAUCUUCUGCCUUCUCGGCUGCAGCACCGCUGCUGCCCUCGUCUCCGACAUCACGGGCCUCGUUUCGCUGCACCUACGCUUCCUUUACCACGCCGUCGCGUUGCCAUACCGCUUUGCUCGUGUCUUGCUCACGAACCUUUUUCGUCAGUUCUACGGCGUCAAGUACAACCCCCUGCGCAGGCGCUACGACAGCUACCACUUCCAGGUGGAUCAGAUGCUCGCCGCCACGUUUCUCUUCGUCAUCAUCAGCUUCCUCUUUCCCACGCUGGCCGUGUACUACCUGUACUUUGCCUUUGUGCUGGCUAUGAUUUGGUACGCGGAGACAUGCAUGGAGUCUGUCGCCUACCUCUCCCUCCACGUGCCGGUCUUUCCGAUUGUGUACUGGCUGUGGAUGCGACAUCAACUAAGUGGAGGGGUGGCGCUCUCGAGCCCCGUCAUUACCAGUGUGCGUCAACUCCUCAGCUGUGGCAGCCCCCCAGGCAGCCACGAGGAGGCGCUCGCCUCCCACACGGUCGAGGUGACGGUGGAGGCGUUGCCGCUUCCACUAUCCCUCAUGCUGACUGAUUUCUUCGUUGUUGUCGACAUCAUUAUGGCACGCCUGCGACCGACAAAGGUAGCCUUGUUGGUGCUGCACGGCAGGAUGGCGUACUCCCCGAAGAUGACUGACGUUAUCGGACCUCAUCUUCUGACGAACUGCGUGUCGCCACAGUGCACCCUGUGCACCCCGCCACCCGAGAAGGUUGUCUUGAAGGACAAAUGA